AUGAGCGCACAAUGUGGAUCGUCAUGUAAGAAAAAGGGUUGUUCAUCAUCAUUAUCUCCUUCAACAACAACUUUAUCAUUAAAUACAACAACAUCUUCAUCAUUAGUAUUAUCGGAUUCAAAACAAUCGGAAAAGAGAGAACAAGGCUUUUAUCAAAGAGAAUUACCUUCGCAUUUGGUCGCCUUUUCCUCACUCGAAGGAAGGAAAUUAUUUUCCCAGAGUUUGAUGGAAGGAAAUACUCAUUCGUUCUUUCCGCUAAUUGAACAAUUUCAUACACAAGCUGAGCCUUCUUAUUGUGGAUUGGGAACACUUGUAAAUGUUAUGAAUGCUUUGAAAAUUGAUCCGAAGAGAGUUUGGAAAUAUCCUUGGAGAUGGUUUACUGAGGAGUUUUUUGAUUGUUGUGUUCCAUUGGAAGUUGUAAAGAAGGAGGGAAUUACUUUGAGACAAUUUGCUUGUUUGGCUAAAUGUAAUGGAGCUGAUUGUCAUGUUUAUAGACCUCAGGAUUCUUCAUUGGAGGAAUUUAGGAAAUUCAUUAUUGAUUCAAUAGAAUCAAAUGAUUUGUCAAAAAUUGAUAAUGAUCCAUCAUUUAUUGUUGUGAGCUAUGAUCGAUCUACUUUGGGACAAACUGGAACUGGACAUUUUUCUCCUUUGGCUGCCUAUAAUGCAGAAAAUGAUAUGGUCCUAGUUCUAGAUGUUGCAAGAUUUAAAUAUCCACCUCAUUGGGUGAAACUUGAUUUAUUGUGGAAGGCAUUGUAUCCUAUAGAUUCUUCAACAGGAUUAUCUAGAGGAUUUGUUGUAAUUAAAAAAGAAGCAGUUAAAAAGCCAGAAAAUGCCAUUUGUUAUAGAGUUGUUGUCAAGGAAAAAUGGUCUGAAACUCUUGUCAAGUUGAUGACCCUCACUAGGAAUAUUACUGAGGUGUACUUUACCAAAAUGAAUCAGGUCAAUAAUGAAUCCCUCACUCAAACGAUUCUCUUUGAAAGUAUUGUCCAAGUACUGAGUCCUGUCAUCUUUGACUUGGUAGAGCCUUUAUUAAUCAACGAAGACAAAGAUAUUAAAUCUGAAGAGUAUGAAUUGAUUAAGACUUUAUGGAACGACAAGAUUACUACUAUAUAUACUAAUUUAAAGGAAUACCAAUUAUUUAGGGAAAUUAUGGAAUUUGAAAAGGAUAGAAACAAAUCCAUAGUGAUUGCAAUUCUGUUGAUCAGCAUGCCCAAUGAAUUAUUUGAGGACCUCAAUUUACGAGCAAUUAUUAGCAAGUUGAAGCAUCAAUUCGGAGACAUGUGCAUUUCACAAUGCUGCAGAACUGCUUUGGAAUCCAACAUUAGCCAAAUCACCAAACAAAUUCAAGCUCUUAUUGAAAUGAGCACUUGUCAAUAA